AUGUCUUCCCCUUUCACCUCCCAGCUCUGUCAAGUGAAUAUCCCAAUGAUUCGGCUGCUGCUGCUUCUGCUGUUCCUUGGACCAUUUUGUUCACCUGCACCACGACCCUCGAAAAAGGAUGAGUGCCUCUUAGAAAACAACAAACUACAGAAGAAGUUGAAAAUGCUUCAAGAUUUAUUCCAGUUAUGUGAAUUUCAGUUGAAAGAUCUGCUGGGGAACAACUAUCACAGAAGAAAAAGCAAAGUUUUCUCUACCACUAAGAUAGCAAGCCUGGAUAUAUUUUUGCCCACAACUAGUGGAAGUCUCCUAGUCUAUGAUCAAGAUUGCGCAAUGCUGUUUAACAGAGGAAGAGGAGAAAGUGGGUACUAUCGAAUUAAACCAAGAGAGGACAGAGAACCUUUUCUUGUGUACUGUGAUAUGUCAGAUGGAGGAGGGUGGACUGUAAUCCAACGGCGGAGCAACGGCAAAGAAAAUUUCUACCGAGAAUGGCUUGAUUACAAAGAAGGAUUUGGACAAUUUCAAGGCAAGGAUGACGAAUAUUGGCUUGGUAAUGAUAAGAUUUAUGAUCUGCUUUUCAACGGAGGAAUCUCACUAAAAAUUGAUCUAAUGGACUGGCAUGGGGAGAGACGAUAUGCAAUUUAUGAUGAUUUCCAGAUCAGAAAUGAGACAAACAAUUACAGGAUAUGGUUUGGCAUUUUUUCUGGGACUGCUGGGAAUGCUUUGUCUGGGGGGAGCAACUUUGAGAGCCAGUGGUCCUCAUCACUCAAUGGCAUGCCCUUCUCUGCUCCUGACAGGGACCAUGACAGGUUCCUGGCGGGCAACUGCGCAGAGGAGAACAAAUGCGGCUGGUGGUUUAACAGGUGCCAUGCAGCAAAUCUCAAUGGACUAUAUUACAAGAAGGGGACAUAUACUGGUCCCUCUGAUAAUGGAGUGGUUUGGUCAACCUGGCGAGGCCUAUGGUAUUCCCUGAAAUAUACAGCUAUGAAAAUCAGGUUCCAGUCCUUUCUGGAUGGAGAGAGUGGAAAUGGUGAAAUUAACUGAGAUGUUUACAGGCACAUCUGAGAAAGAGAAACAGGCAAGCCAAAGUUACUGUAUAUGUGGUCCUCGGCUUAAGACUGAGCACACUGAAAAAUUCUUACAGUAAGGACCAUCAUCCAUGUUAGAUUUUGCUUUGGAUUUCCAAUCACUGUAUUAUUCCUGUAUUGUUACUCCAGCUGACAAUUAAAAAUGGCUUCUCCUACAUACAGAACCUGCCCUUAAAAGUAGACUAGGGGGGAAAAAAACCCUUUUCUUUAUUGAGUGCACAAAGGACAAUCCCGCUUAUUAUUUACCUUUCCUUUAGAAAAACAUAUCCAAUUGUUGAAUACAGCUUUGCAUAAGCUGAUAUUUUAAAAUUUGCUUUCAAUAUUUUGUUCCCCCUCUUCAAAAAAUUAACCACCUUUCAGGGAAAUGCAGAGAAAGAAAAUGUUGUGAGCCAUUAGGAAGAAAGAGCUUUAUGGUUCAUAAAGAGAGAACGAGAUCCUUCU